CCAACCUUUUUCGACCGGUAUGAGCCAGAUCAGGGGUCGUUAUGUAUCAUUGAGUUCAGCAGUGGCCAACCGCAAAAAUGGACGACAGGCCUACACCCAAAGAUACCGACAUUCCUGGCGGCUUCCCAGAGUCGCCGCCUGGUCCGACGCCGCUGACUGAAAGGAACUUUCCGUUGGUCACGUCGCAAUUGCGCGCAUCUCGCUCGCACGUCGACGCGCCGACCGAGCAAAUCCGCAGGCCGGGACCAGCGAUAGGAGGCGACAUCGGCUCGACCUCUUCAUCCUUGACCGAAAAAGAAGGCCUAAACAACGAAACCGCAAGCCAAGAUGACGGGUCCGAAAAGCGGUUCGCUCCGCUGCGCACCGAUUCGCAGGCGGUGCGCGCGACCGGCAGUGAUGCGAGACCUGGGUUUGAGCGCAAAGCGACCAGCUACACGGAGGACGACAUCUUUCGGGCUCUAUCGAGGAGGCGAACGGGUGGGACGCAUGCCUCGGCACCGGCCGAGAGCGACGAGGACGAAGGGCAGGAGAUCGAGCGGCUCGUGUCGAGGAUGUUUGGCCACGAGCGUCAGCGGCAGAGCGCCGAGGAGAAGACGCGACGCAGCGGCGUCAUCUUUAGAGACCUCACCGUUAAGGGGGUCGGCCUGGGCGCCACCCUGCAGCCCACCGUCGGCGACAUCUUCCUGGCCCUGCCGCGCAAGGUCGGGCACCUCUUCACCAAGGGACCGCGCGCCGCCUUUGCCAAGCCGCCCGUCCGGGAGCUCAUUUCUCACUUUGACGGCUGCGUGCGGCCGGGCGAGCUGCUGCUGGUGCUGGGUCGUCCCGGCUCCGGCUGCAGCACUUUCCUCAAGACCUUUUGCAACCAGCGCGCCGGCUUCGAGUCCGUCUUGGGUGACGUCUCGUACGGAGGCGUCGAUGCCAAGACCAUGGCCCGCGACUACCGCGGCGACAUCAUUUACAACCCCGAGGAGGAUCUCAACUACGCCACGCUGUCGGUCAAGCGCACUCUUCACUUUGCGCUCGAGACCCGUGCGCCCGGCAAGGAGUCUCGUCUUGAAGGGGAGACACGACAGGAUUAUAUCCGCGAAUUCAUGCGCGUCAUCACCAAGCUGUUUUGGAUUGAGCACACGCUCGACACCAAGGUCGGCAACGAGUAUGUGCGUGGUGUAUCGGGCGGUGAGAGGAAGCGAGUGAGCAUCGCAGAGGCCAUGAUCGCACGGGCUUCAGUCCAGGGCUGGGACAACUCCAGCAAGGGCCUCGACGCCAGCACCGCCGUCGAGUAUCUGCGGUCGAUCCGUGCCAUGACCAACAUGGCCAACACGUCGACGGCCGUGUCGCUCUACCAGGCCGGCGAGUCGCUGUACGAGCUCGCCGACAAGGUCCUGCUCAUCGACGCGGGCAAGUGCCUCUACUUUGGUCCCUCGGAACAGGCCAAGCAGUACUUUAUCGACCUUGGCUUCCACUGCCCCGAACGCUGGACCACGGCCGACUUUCUCAUCUCGGUCACGGACCCGCACGAGCGACACGUCCGCCAGGGCUGGGAGGACAGGUUCCCCCGCACCCCGGAGCAGUUCGCCGAGGCCUACCGGCGUAGCAACAUCUACCGGGCCAACCUCGAGGACAUGUCGCGGUUCGAGGCCGAGCAGCAGCAGCAGGUCGAAGCACGCGCCGCCAUCGAGGCCGGGAAGCCCAAGCGCGAGCGCACCAAGAACUACGAGAUCCCGUUCCACAAGCAGGUCAUCGCCUGCACCAAGCGUCAGUUCCUCGUCAUGAUUGGCGACAAGGCCUCCCUGCUGGGCAAGUGGGGCGGCCUCGUGUUCCAGGGGCUCAUCAUCGGCAGUCUCUUCUUCAACCUGCCCGAGACCGCCUCUGGGGCGUUCCCGCGCGGUGGUGUUUUAUUCCUGCUGCUCUUGUUCAACGCGCUGCUUGCGCUGGCGGAACAGACUGCCGCGUUCGAGUCCAAGCCUAUCCUGCUCAAGCACAAGUCGUUCUCGUUUUACCGUCCCUCCGCAUACGCCAUCGCACAGACCGUCGUCGACGUGCCACUCGUCUUUAUCCAGGUUGUUUUGUUCACUGUCAUCAUCUACUUCAUGUCCCACCUGGCACGGACGGCAUCGCAGUAUUUCAUCGCCAACUUGAUCCUCUGGUUGGUCACCAUGACGACCUAUUCCUUCUUCCGUGCCAUCUCUGCCUGGUGCGGAACUCUGGACGUGGCCACGCGCUUCACUGGUCUUGCGGUUCAAAUUCUUGUCGUCUACACCGGCUAUCUGAUCCCUCCGACCUCCAUGCCGGUUUGGUUCGGGUGGCUCCGAUGGAUCAACUGGUUGCAGUAUGGAUUCGAGUGUCUAAUGUCAAACGAGUUUUAUCGACAGGAGCUCACGUGCAACGGGCCAUUUCUGGUUCCCCAGGGACCACAGGCCGAGCCGCAAUACCAAGGAUGUACCCUGGCUGGCAGCACACCUGGCGAUUCAACCGUCAGCGGUGCAAACUACAUUGCCGAGUCCUUCAGCUACACGCGCGCCCACCUUUGGAGGAACUUUGGGUUCCUCUGGGCGUUUUUCAUCUUUUUUGUGCUCCUUACAGCCCUCGGCAUGGAGAGGAUGAAGCCCAACAAGGGAGGCGGCGCAAUAACCGUCUUCAAGCGCGGACAGGUCCCCAAGCAGCUGGAGAGCACCAUCGAGACGGGCGGCAAGGGCAAGGGAGGGAACGAAAAAGAUGAGGAAGUAGGAACGACGGGAUCUGAUUCUCAAGCCCCGGUAUCACCUCGCGAAGGGUCGACCGAGGAAGACGACAAGAGGUCAAACCAGGUCGCUGAGAAUGAGACCAUUUUUACCUUUAGGGACGUCAACUACGAGAUCUCAAGCAAGGGUGGCAAGCGCAAGCUUCUAUCUGAUGUUCAAGGAUAUGUUCGGCCUGGAAAGCUCACGGCUUUGAUGGGUGCUUCUGGCGCUGGAAAGACCACCCUCCUCAAUACCCUCGCCCAGCGUAUCCAAACAGGCACCGUGACGGGCGAGUUCCUGGUGGACGGCCGACCUCUUCCCAAAUCCUUUCAACGUGCGACGGGAUUUGCAGAGCAGAUGGAUAUCCACGAGCCCACCGCCACCGUGCGUGAAGCCCUCCAGUUCUCGGCCUUGCUCAGACAACCCCGCGAGGUUCCCAAGCAAGAAAAGCUCGACUACUGCGAGACCAUUAUCGACCUGCUCGAGAUGCGCAGCAUCGCUGGUGCCACGAUCGGCAACGUCGGCGAGGGUCUCAACACUGAACAGCGCAAGAGGCUGACCAUUGGAGUGGAACUGGCUUCGAAACCCGAAUUGCUCAUGUUCCUCGACGAACCGACGUCUGGACUCGACUCGGGCGCUGCCUUCAACAUUGUCCGCUUUUUGAGAAAGCUCGCCGACGCAGGGCAAGCAGUGCUGUGCACGAUCCACCAACCGUCGGCCAUUCUUUUCGAGAACUUUGACGAGCUGCUCCUGCUCAAGGCUGGAGGGCGCGUGGUCUAUCACGGCCCGCUCGGCCACGACAGUCAGGAUCUUUUGGGAUACCUAGAGGGCAACGGAGCUCACAAAUGCCCACCCAACGCCAACCCGGCCGAGUACAUGCUCGACGCCAUCGGGGCGGGCGAUCCGGACUACAAGGGCCAGGACUGGGGAGACGUGUGGCAAAACUCCAAGGAGCGCGAGGCGAGGACCCGCGAGAUUGACGACAUGAUUUCCCAACGGCAACAGGCCGAACAGACCCAGAGCCUGCGCGACGAACGGGAAUACGCCAUGCCGCUAUCCGCGCAAAUGUCGGCCGUCGUGCGCCGCUCUUUCGUCUCGUACUGGCGCAACCCAGGCUACCUCGUGGGCAAGUUCAUGCUGCACAUCCUGACGGGGCUCUUCAACUGCUUCACCUUCUUCCGGAUAGGGUUCGCGUCCAUCGACUACCAGAACCGGCUCUUCUCCGUCUUCAUGACGCUGACCAUCUGCCCGCCGCUGAUCCAGCAGCUGCAGCCCGUCUUUAUCGACUCGCGGCAGAUCUUCCAGUGGCGCGAGAACAAGGCCAAGAUCUACAGCUGGUCCGCCUGGGUGACGGGCGCCGUGCUGGCCGAGAUCCCCGUCGCCGUGCUCGCCGGCGCCGUCUACUUCAACUGCUGGUGGUGGGGCAUCUUUGGCUGGCGCGACAUCAUGCCCGCCUCCUCGUCCGCCUUUGCCUUUCUCAUGGUCGUGCUCUUUGAGCUCUACUACGUCAGCUUCGGCCAGGCCGUCGCCGCCUUUUCGCCCAACAAGCUGCUGGCCUCGCUGCUGGUGCCCCUCUUCUUCACCUUCAUCAUCAGCUUCUGCGGCGUCGUGGUGCCGCCCGCCCAGAUCCCCACCUUUUGGCGCGAGUGGAUGUACUGGCUCUCGCCCUUUCACUACCUCCUCGAGGCACUGCUGGGCGUCGCCGUGCACGCCCAGCCGCUCGAGUGCAGCGCUGACGAGCUCGCGCGCUUCGAGCCGCCGCCCGGCUCGUCCUGCGAGGAGUACGCGGGGCCCUACGUGGCGCAGGCCGGCGGGCGGCUGCGCACCGGCCAGGGCGGCAUGUGCGAGCUGUGCCAGUACGCCGACGGCGAUCAGUUCGCCGCGAGCUUCAGCGUGUAUUACUACAACCGGUGGCGCGACGUGGGCAUCUUUUGUGGAUUUAUUGUUUUUAAUUACGCGGUGGUGUACCUGGCCACUUGGCUCAAGUUCAAGGGCAGGAACCCUCUCAAGAUGUUUGGCAAGCGGAAGAGUGGCUGAUGGAGGAGCACAAGACGGUGUAGCCAUUCCCCUUGAAUAAAAUGGGCUGCUUGUGUCAUUUCAAAGUUUAAAAAAUGGAAGAUUCCGGCGUAAUUGCAAUUAAUUACUCGAUGUAAAACACCCUUGGUCAUGGUAGCCGAUGGACCGAGGCUUCUAAUUUGCCUACCGCUGAGAAUCAAGCCGGCCACUUUGUGACUCCAAAUGAAGAACAAGAAAUGAACAUUUCUUGGUCAGAAAAGUUCCGCAGCUGCACCCUUGGUGGCGGUGAUCAGGUAUUGAUCUGUCGCCGCGCCCUGGAGAUAUUUUUAUCGACA